AUGUCUUGCUACGACCUGUGCUCCACCUCUGCCUCCGGCGUCUACCGUCCCCAGCCCCUCGCUGACAGUGGGAAUGAGCCAUGUGUCCGCCAAUGCCCUGACUCCACAACUGUGAUCCAGCCACCCCCGGUCAUCGUCACCUUCCCCGGUCCCAUCCUCAGCUCUUUCCCCCAGGGAUCGGUUGUGGGAUCCUCUGGAGCACCCACCCUUGGGGGCUAUGGAGGCUCCCUGGGCUAUGGGGGUUAUGGCUCCCUGGGCUACGGGGGGCUGGGGGGGUACAGCUCCCUGGG